AUGGGUGUCUCAGAUCUGAAAUUUGAUAAAGAUGCAGGUCCUGUGAUGGAUCUGUCAUCCCAAGGCCUUCAGAAGUUAGAUCCCAGUUUCAUCUGCACUGAGGACACCCACACUCUCCUCCUGGAUCAUAACCAUAUCAUGAAACUGGACCAUUUGGAAAGGAGCCCAGGCCUCCAGCAACUAUCCGUGGCCAGUAACCGUCUGGUACGAAUGAUGGGUGUUUGCCGCCUAACAGAGCUGAGAGUUCUGAAUCUGCCCAAUAAUAGUAUUGGCUACAUUGAGGGCCUGAGAGACUUACCACACCUUGAAUGGCUUAACCUGUCUGGUAAUAAUAUCAAGGUCAUUGAGCAGCUGAACAAUUGCGUAUCUCUUCAACACCUGGACCUGUCUGACAAUAACAUAUCUAACAUUGGUGAUCUGAAUAAGCUGUUAGCUUUAAAGACCCUUUUGCUCCAUGGGAACAGCAUCACAACACUUUGUACUGUUCCUGUCCAUUUACCUGCACACCUUUCCAUUCUCUCCUUGGCUGAAAAUGAGAUUAGGGAUCUCAACGAAGUGUCAUAUCUGGCACCCCUCCAUGAAUUGGAGCAGCUCUCCAUAAUGAGCAACCCUUGUGUCAUGGCAACCCCCUCUUUGCCUGGAUUUGACUACCGACCUUAUAUCAUGAGCUGGUGUCUAAACCUAAAGGUUCUGGAUGGAUAUGUCGUUUCACAAAAGGAAGGUUUAAAAGCGGAGUGGCUGUACAGUCAGGGUAAAGGUCGCUCGUACCGACUGGGCCAGCAUGUCGAAUUGGUCCACUACUUGACCUCUGUUUGCCCCCUGAGUUCUACCCCCGCCCUAGAGACGGCAGAGGAUGCCAAGCUGGAGAAGAUCCUUAGUAAGCAAAGGUUUCACCAAAGGCAGCUGUUGCAGCAGAACCAGGGAGGCAGUCCAAGCCCUCCUCGCCCAACACAGCUAGACGUGGAGACACACAGUCCUCAACACACUGUUCGACCAGGAGGGGGCACCAGAGAAGGGAUGAAAGCCACACCACCUUUGCCGGCCUCUGUGCCGUCAGACAGAGAGACAGAGCCAACAGUACACUUCAACACCUGGAUGACCCCUGACCCCUCCCAUCCAUCUGCCCCCGUGAUUCGCAGCCCGCGGGUUGUGGAGGAGCCUGUUCAUUUGGAGGACGUGCAGACAGAUGAGGACAAACUGAGUGGCAGCCUGCUUUCAUCAGAGUCCACCUUUUUGCCUAUCACACCAGAUCAGGAGCCCCAACUGAGUCACUCCGACAGCGAGGACGAGACGGACACGUUUGAGCCCGACUCCCUGGCCCCAGAGCAUCCGGCGCUGCCCAGGAAACCCCAAGCUGAAAAGACACAUUAUCCACCUUCAGAGAAAGACCCAAAUGUGUACAAGGAAGCAGGUUACCACAGCGGUGCAACAGCUGGUACCCUGGGGGUCAGAGGUGACCCACCACAAGAAACACCCUCUGACUGUGGUAAAAUGCAGGUGAGAUCAGGGUCCAAGCAGUUAGAGCCAGUGAAGUGUGCCAAUAAAGCAUUUUCCCUGGAGAAAGACAGGGCAGCCGUUCGGAUCCAGUCAUGGUGGAGGGGGCUGUACACUCGCCACUGCCACCCUUUGGCUAAAGAGAUCCGGAGUGAAAUCUGCCUGCGCCGGAUGCAAGAUCACAUCCUCUUCCUGUCUGGAGAGUUGCAGAGGGUGCAGAAGCAAUAUGAGGAGGACAGGUUACAGAGACUGGUGCAGGAAGAGGCUGUGAAGUUUCUCUGGAAACAGGUCCAGUCCAUGCAGCACUGGCAGCAGUCUGUUGAUCAGCAGCUAGCCAGCAUCAAACAAGCUGUGACCCCGGCUCAAGGCUCGACUCCCGGCAUCUGUGGAUCAGCUUUACCUGUUGCCUCCAUUACCGCUGACCCAUCUGGCACAGGCGUCUCCUUCCCAGACUCGGGCUUCCAGACGACCAGCGAGCAGCAGGCGGAGCAGGAGGACAGCUUCCUCAGCAGCGGGACAGUGGACUCCCUGGAGACAGUGCGAGCUCUGACUCUGGUAACUCCUGUCUGCGGCGGCAGCAGCAGACAUAGUCCAGACAGCAGCCUUUUGGAGCAGUACCUCUCCUCCAUACAGCAGAGGGAGGAGGAAGCCGAUGAGGGAACGGCCAGUGAUAGAACAGAAACGCCCCAGACGCCCUCACCCCUCUCUCCCAGCACACCUCAGUACGAAAUGAAGAGUCAGAGCAACAGUGCAGCACACAACAAACCUCUCCAGGUCCCAUCUGAACAUCUGGAAUAAGCUUUACAGGC